AUGGCGCAUUACACGUUCCAAACGCCGGACUUCGCGACGCGCUUCAAGGCCAACCCGGACGAGCUGUUCAUGGAUUUCUACUCGUCGUACAUCGCCGACAACGUGUGCAAGAUCCAGUGGCGCGUCUACUUCAAGCGGCACGUGCGCGACAACACGCAGAAGGAGUACAUCUCCGCCUACCUGAAGCUGCUCAAGUUCUUCGACCGCUCGCACCGCUCGGUGAGCUGUCGCGGCAACCUCGAGGUCACCUACUCGAUCGGCAUACGCGACGACGAGUGCCAGUGCGUGCACAGCAAGUCGGCGACGCACAACGACUGGGGCAACGACUGGGGCUGGCGGGAGUUCCUCCCGCUCGAAGCUCUCGACGACUACGUCCUGCCCGACGGCUCCCUCUUCGUCUUCUGCAACGUCGACGUGCGGCAGGCGGGUCGUCACAGCAUCCCGCCGAGCCCGCCCGCACUGCCCUGUUCGAACAGUAACCGCCGCAGCCUGCUGCUCGUCGGCAACAGCUUCUACGGCGCGCUCGGCUCGCUUGGAGAGCGUCUGCUGAACGACAAGUGCCACAUGGACGUGACGAUCACGGCAGGCGAGAAAAACACGGUCAACUUCCAGGCGCACAAGUCCGUGCUGUCGAUACAGUCGCCGGUGUUCGCGCUGACGUUCGACCACAACAAGUACCUGCCCGACCUGCCCGUCGGACACUCGCACCUCAGGAUAAAGGACUUCGACGGCGACACGGUGCGAGAGAUGCUCACCUACAUCUACACGGGUCAUACGGACAAGCUGACCGAGAUGGCGCAUCUACUGCUGCCGGCCGCCGAGAAGUAUCAACUAGAAGGUCUGAAGGACGAGGCGGUGCGAGAGCUGAUGUACAACAUGACGACGAAGAACGUCGUUAACACGCUGCUGCUCGCCGACAAGCACAGCAUCGUGCCGCUCAAGCAGAAGUCGCUCGACUACAUCAGCACGCACGGCAAUGACGUCACCGACACCGACGACUGGAAGAAGUUGACCGAGAACGCCGAGUUGAUGACGGCGGUGUUCAAGGCGACCGCCGCCAAGGUUCCCGCCUUCUCCUACCCGACGAUAACGGCGCCUAUCGCGAUGAUAGCUGUGUCCGAUUGGGAGCAGUGACAUCACCGCGCGCACGCAUGCUAUGAGACGACACAGCGCUGUCGCGGGAAUUAGCACCAUGGCAACGUUUCCCCGUAGCACGCAAGCACGCACGCACGUGAGCAGCGGCACUUACUAAGCGCACUGUGAAUUUGAUGGAGUGUGCGUGCGUGCAAGUGGCGUCAUACGAAUCGCUUCAUUACGUGGCGACGAGUUCCAUGGAGAAUUAGCAGUGAUAACCAUACAGCGCACCGACUGCCACAAACACGGGCCACGAUGACCGGCAAAGCGGAGCCAUCACCCGGAAAAUGGGGAAACGCCAAACGCCAACAAUCCGAUGACGAGGACGCGGCUAGAAGAAUGGAUGCGCGCGUGUAUGUCAUUUCGGCACGAUGCAAAGGUAGCGGUAGUGGGUCCACAGGUAUCACAUACGUGACCAACCGAAUUCGUAUAGUCCAUAAGAUUUCAUGACAAUAUGCCCACGUGCUAGCCAGGCCACGCAUCAUACCAGGAGGCUGAAAUUAUCUUUUAAACAAGGGAAUCCCAACAGAUCUAGACACCAUGCAAUGAAAAAGGAGGGAGCCGGCAGUAUGAAGUUCAACUUAAAUGUAACAGCCACGCGUAAACAACAACAGCCAGUAUUGCAUCGAUUAUUACGCCAGCUCUGGUGCAUUACCGACGAAUAUGAGUUUAAAACACUAAAAGCAGUGUAUUGUAUUCAAUGUUCGUUUAAUUGAUUUUUGGUUAUAUACAGCAUGAUCUUCAGGAAGUCACGCGAACUCUUACCGACGUCAGGGAGAGUGAUGAUAGUACACGUGAUUCGUACAUACUCGUGUAUACGCAGAAUCCACGAGUAGUGUGAUGUGUACAGCUUGUCACCAACUAGCAAACGCGCGAAUUCGUCGGGGGGGGGGCAUUACGCUAAUCAGUCGAGACUGGCCUGUUCAAACACAGUCGUUUCACAGAGCCUUGUAUUCAACGAUGGCCGUUCCAUGCAGGGUACGUGUGCACACACCAUCGGAGCAGCGGUACACACACCCGCACCUGCGCAGCUGCAUCCGAAACAGUAAUGUGUGCCUACCGGAGCAGAGCAUUUAUAGAUCGUGGGUCAUUUCGUAUUUUCCCUGCGUAGGAUUCGUGAGUGAUAUCUCGGAAAAACACAUCGGGGUUUCACUUCUGCGUAUCGACUUCCCCAAUCGUUAACUCUCGUCCUUUAUUAGAAAAGAAAACGCGAAUCAAGUUUAACUGUUCCGCGAGUUUAAAACCUCUGUAAGGACGUCUUUCGGGGUUCCAUAUCAAACCCUCACAGUUCUCAUCGUUCUGUAACGUUGCUGUAAUGUUCGAUGUAGAAAUGAUGAAGAAGGAAUCUAAACUUGUGUGGUAAACUGAAUAAACUU